GCCGGACCUUCUUCAACCUGUUAGUUGCUGCAUUCCUAAGGAAGCUCUGAAGGGCCGCCCGUCUGCACGAGCUUAUCUUCAGAAGUAACAAGAUGGCCAAACAAGUAGCCGUUCUAGUUCUGACUUUAUGGCUUCUUCAAGGCACACGUUGUUACAGGUCCACAGUUUCACUGCCCGAGAAUAUUGAAGCUCUGGACGGCUCCUGCGUCUUCAUUCCCUGCUCAUUUGAACCCAAAAAAGGACUCGGAGACGAUCAGAUUGGAGUGUGGAUAGUUAAUGACCCGUGGAAGGGAAACGAGGUGUUCAGAAAGGACACUUCCUAUGGCGUCUGGGAAAACAUCAGUGUCACAAUCGGUGAUGUGGAAGUGAGAAACUGCAGCACAUGGCUGGACAGAGUUGGACUUCAGCAGGAAGGGGCGUAUUACUUUAGAACUGAAGGAAAACUUAAAUACACAUUUACAGCAAGUCACGUUAACAUUCAAGUACGAGAUAAGCCAUUGAUCACUCCGAUUGUCCCAGUAAAGGAGGGCACAGCCACCAGUCUGACCUGCUCUGCUCCAUCUGCAUGUCCCAGUGACCCCCCAGUCCUGACCUGGAGUGACACACUGAAUGGGAUUGAAUUUGAGGAGUCCAGCAAGGCAAACGGAAUCAAAGUCGAGUCGGCUGUCCUGCAUUUUAAUGCGUCACAUCUCCACCAUGACAAGACGGUCACCUGCACAGCAAGCAGCCGAGGACAACACUGGAACAACACGGUCACUCUGAACGUCACCUAUGGUCCUAAGAACACACACAUGCUGUACAAUCCUGUCAAGUGGACUCUGGGAAUAUUAGCAAAUCUGACCUGCAACUCCAAUGCAAACCCACCCAGCCACUACACCUGGUAUCAGGUGAAGAAAUCCGUGGUCACCAGCAGAGGAACUGGACAGACUCUAACAGUCAAUGUGGUGACCCCUAGUGACAAUGGCGUCUAUUACUGCAAUGCGGAAAAUGAACACGGAGCUGCAAACUCCUCAGCCGUGACCAUCGAUGUGCAGUAUUCUCCAAGAAACACUUCAAUUGCAGGACGUUCUGUUACCGGCGUUCCCGAGGGGGGCGCUGUGACACUCAGUUGCAGUUCGAAUGCAAACCCCCCCAGCAGCUACAGCUGGUAUCAUGUGAGCAAAUCGUCUGCGACCAAAAGAGGGUCUCGAGAGAAGCUGACCAUCAAAUCCGUGACCCUCAGUGACGGGGGGCUCUACUACUGUGAGGCGAAGAACGAACACGGAAUGGAGAGAUCUAUGGAAGUGACAGUCGACGUGCAGUACUCUCCAAGAAAUACGUCAGUUAGAGGCCAUCGUCUUCACAGCAUUCCAGAAGGGGGCGCUGUGACUCUGAGCUGCACCUCUGAUGCCAACCCCCCCAGCAGGUACACCUGGUAUCACAGGAGCAAGUCCUCUGUUGUCCAAAGAGGACUGGAACAGAAUCUGAACCUGAGAAACGUAUCACUGAACGACGCUGAGAACUACUACUGUGAGGCGAGGAACCGACAUGGAGGGGAAAACGCCACAGCUGUGACCCUCGAUGUGCAGUAUUCUCCAAAAAACACGUCAAUUAAAGGCCAUCGAGUUCAUACCAUACGUAAAGGGGGCGCUGUGACUCUGAGCUGCAGCUCCAAUGCAAACCCCCCCAGUAGCUACACGUGGUAUCAAGUGGGCAACUCGUCUGUGAGCAGAAGAGGAUCUGAACAGAAUCUGACCAUCCAAUAUGUGACCGUCAGUGAUGGGGGGCUCUACUACUGUGAGGCCAAGAACAAACACGGAGCGGGGAACACGACCACGGUGGUCCUGGUGGUAAAGACACAGCCAAGUCCAAGUUCUUUUGUUUCUAUCCUCACCGGAUGUCUGUUCCUCAUAUUCAUCUUCCUGCUCCUCCUCCUACUGUGCUGCUGUAAAAAAAGAAUGAAAACGGUGGAGUUUAACAAUGAAGACUCCGAUAUGAGGCCUGCAGAAACGACUUUCCGUGCAGACGUUUCACCGAUGGUCCAGGAGUCCACUAAUGGGAAAAUGAACAGCACGGAGGAGUCUGCAAUGUGACGACAGUCAACGAGGAAUGACUUCACGUCUGGAACUGAGGUUCAUUAUUGUUCAUGAAUCGCUACCUGACAUGUUUUAGAAUUGAGACAAUUAAUUAAAAUAAAAAUUAUUGCAGCAGUAAAUUCAACCAGAAUAUACCCGAUUUAUGUGCCCAAUAUUUACAUUAAUGUGAGAAAGGAUUAGGAGGAUAAAGAAACGAGACCACCCUGGCAUACUAGUGAAAGCUCAGCCUGAGAACCUCAGAAUUGGGCCAGAAAUAGAUUGUAGGGACUCGGAUCAGAAAGAAAAUGUGGAAAUGUGAAAACUGAGCCUUAAUCUGGGGGGGCGUCAGCUACAGGACCACAUCUGGUGGAGGGCCGCACUGGGAAUGGACCUUUGGAACUGUCUGUUUUUAGUGUUUUACAUUUGGAAAUAUCUAAUUGAAAAUUUAUAUAUUUAGUCGUAGUGACGUGACAUUUUAUAACCCACUUAAUCCACACCAGGGUGGAAAGAGCUUAUAUUGCAAUUAUGUGCUAUGGAUAUAAAAAGAAGUUCUACAGCAGCUGAGAAGGGCGUUAGAAAGCAGGGGGGUCUGA